CCUCCAGCUGCAUUCCGCCGUCGUUUGCCAUGGGUGUCGGGCACACAGCGCCCCCAGUGCCCCCUCGAUAACGCUUUCCAGCAUUCUCGAUCGCUAUUGGCUACUCGGAUCUGGACGGACGGCCAAAAAUGUCUGGCGUGCUUGUUGACUCGAUCCCCCUUGUGCUCGUUGGAUCUAGCUCGAGCUCUAGUUGGCUGCUAUUCUCGUGGGCCACAUAGACUAUCGCUCUGGCUGCGUCAUUCGUACAGAACAAUCGCAAUAUGUUGGACGAAGAGAAAGGACAGAAGUUUGCCAACAAGGAUUCCAUAGAUGAUAGCGAGCGCGCAUCGACUGAAGCUGGACGCAGUCGAUGGGCGCGCCGGCUGCUCGCGCUCGGGGUGGAGGAGCGAGGUGUCAAGCCCGUCCCACCAGAGCAUCGUACAGACAGCGGUUACGACAAGAUUUUCUUCGUAUGGGCUUCCAUGAACACGAACAUCCUAUCCUUUUCCGCCGGUACUCUCGGCCCUGUCGUCUACGGCCUCGGACUGCGAGACGCGUGUCUUGUCAUCCUGUUCUUCAACCUGCUGUGUGCAGCCCCACCCGCUUACCUGACGACAUGGGGCCCGAAGACGGGCAUGCGACAGAUGGUACAGGCACGGUACUCAUUCGGCUAUUUCGGUGUCAUUCUCCCUUGCAUUCUGAACCUCAUCGGAAUGUGUGGGUUUUGUAUACUCAACUCGAUCCUCGGAGGACAGACACUCGCGAGCGUUUCGAGCCACAACUUGAGCUGGACCGUCGGAAUAGUCAUCAUCACGAUCGUCUCCCUCUUCAUUUCCUUCUGCGGGUACAAAGUCCUUACCUGGUUCGAACGCGUGGCCUGGAUACCUGUUGUCAUCGUCUACGUGGUUGCGCUCGGCGUCAGCGGCAAGCACCUCUACAACUUCGAGGGCGCCGAGCCUGCGACGCCUGGCGCGGUGCUGUCGUUUGCCUCCAUCAUCGUGGGCUUCGUGGUCACGUAUUCGCCGCUCGCGUCAGAUUUUACGAUCUACUUUAGGCCUGGAAUCUCCAGCUUCCGUCUCUUCCUCUACUCCUACUUCGGGUUCCUCCUGCCUAUCGUGCCCCUUCAAUGUCUGGGCGCCGCCGUCGCUGGCGUCGCCUCGUCACAACCCGAAUGGGAAGCUGGCUAUGCGGGCGACAAUGUCGGUGGUCUCGUAGAAGCGAUGCUUCACCCCGUUGGUGGCUUCGGCAAAUUCCUGACCGUGCUCUUGAGCUUGUCCGUGGCGGGCAACAUCGCAGCGACCUUCUAUUCCAUGUCGAUCAAUCUUCAGCUUUUCGUGCCCUUUUUGUGGGUCGUACCUCGCUACGUCUUCUCCGUGGUCGGAACAGCGAUCGUCAUCCCCCUCGCCAUCGUCGGCGCGCACAGCUUCUACGAUACCCUCACGAACUUCCUAAGUCUCAUCGGAUAUUGGGCGGGCGCCUUCAUCGCCGUCAUUCUUGUCGAGCACUGGUUCUUCAGGAAGUCCGACCUGAGGGCUUACGACCCCAUGAUAUGGAAUCGACCGCGAGAGCUUCCGUCCGGACUGGCUGCCGUCGGUGCUGCCAUCCUAUGCUUCGGCCUGGUCAUACCUGGCAUGGACCAGGUGUGGUUCGUCGGGCCCAUCGCGAAGACUACGGGCGACCUCGGCUUCGAGUUCGCUUUCUUCGCGACUGUGAUACUCUACAUACCCUUUAGAAUGCUGGAGAUCAAAAUCAGGAAACGGUUGUAGGCGGUGGAAUAUCCUGGGCAAUGUACGAGCAAAGCGGUACAAAGAUAGAUGUGUAGGAAGUGUGUAGAAACCGGGAUCAUCUCGUUCAUACCACAGCGGCAAUAGAUAGAAUAGUGGUCAGCAU